CUCUGGUCAUCCCUGUACUGUCUGCAGUCUCUGGUCAUCUCCUGUACUGUCUGCACAGUCUCCGGUCAUCUCCUGUACUGUGUCCGCAGUCUCCGGUCAUCUCCUGUACUGUGUCCGCAGUCUCCGGUCAUCUCCUGUACUAUGUCCGCAGUCUCCGGUCAUCUCCUGUACUAUGUCCGCAGUCUCCGGUCAUCUCCUGUACUAUGUCCGCAGUCUCCGGUCAUCUCCUGUACUAUGUCCGCAGUCUCCGGUCAUCUCCUGUACUAUGUCCGCAGUCUCCGGUCAUCUCCUGUACUAUGUCCGCAGUCCCUGGUCAUCUCCUGUACUAUGUCUGCAGUCUCCGGUCAUCUCCUGUACUGUCCGCAGUCUCCGGUCAUCCCCUAUACUGUCCGCAGUCUCUGGUCAUCUCCUGUACUGUUU